GGCAGCACUGAUAGAUGGCAUUGAUAGGUGGCACUGACUGGCACUGAUGGGUGACACUGAAAGGCAGCUCAGAUGGGCACUGAUAUGUGGCAUUGAUGUGCACUGGUAGGCACUGGUAUGUGGCAUUGAUGUGGCACUGAUGGGCACUGGCACAUGGCACUGGCACUGAGAGCUGGCACUGAUGGACACUGACAGGUGGCACUGCUGGGGCUACACUGAUCAUCAGGGCACACUGAUCAUCACUGUCAGCGUGACAGCUCGAGAGGAGAGAAAUGCCGAUAACCAGCAUCUCCCUGUUUACAUGCGAUCAGCUGUGAUUGGA